AUGGUGGGCUAUGCUGUGGGCAUUGGUGGUGUUGGCCACAGCAAGUGGCCAGUGGCCGCCCUGCCCAGAGCGAGGAUGUUUGCCAUGUCCGGCCAAUGCAGAUGGGCGCCCGAACUGCACCUGCUUAGAGGCUGGUCUGACUCCUGCCUCCCGGUUAUUUGUGGGCAACCCCAACGUCCAGCUUAUGCUGAGCCCACGAAGGAUGCAGGGGAGAGUGUGUUCCCUGAGACCGUCGACUUCCUUUGCGAACAGGGAUUCGAGGUGGAAGGAUUCGGCAGCACUUGGGAUUUGGCCUCCAUCUCGGGGCAGCUCAACAGCAGCACCACCACCACAACAUCAGGCGCGCGUCUGGUGCGCUGGCGAUGCUCAGCGCAGGGUGUCUUCGAGAACCUCACGGGCCAGCGCUGUGUGCCAGUUUGCGGAGAUGGCAUGCUUGUUCCAACUGACCACCUACCAUGGGACGACCCUCGGGAGCAGUGCGAUGAUGGCAACAACAAUGCCGGUGACGGCUGCAGCGGGUGUCGUGUGGAGGCCGGCUUUGUCUGCACCGGGGGAGGCCCUACACAGCCGGACAGGUGCACCUUGGCAGCUGCUUGGGCGGAGAGCACCAUCAUCCUUUCGUUGACAGGAGCUCGUCAGCCCACCGCAGAGGAGGUGGCCCUGUCAUCGACGGUGGCCUUGGCCGAGACAUUUCACUGUCCACAAAGAGACGUUGAGAUCGUCGAGGUUAUUGCGCCUUCGAUGGCUACCACUUCCAAUGUGUCAGAUGAGUCCACAGCGAAUCAAAGCCAGUUCCACACCUCCCGCCAGGCAAUGCAGGUGCGCUUCCGUAUCAAGAUCUCCGACUCCGCGGUAUUGUCGUUGGAUGGCAUUCAAGAGGCCAUGGCCUCCCAGAACUUCGUGCCGCAGAUCUUGGUAGCCUACAUGCAGCACACAAGCCUGACCGAUCUCUAUUUGAGCAUGGUUGAGGUGCAGCAACCCACGCUUGAAGGACAGGAGGCCAAGAUGGUUUUUCUGGAUGUCCAAGACUACGUGGUCCUGGCGGGGAGUAUUUGUGCUUCUUUGCUUGGCUACGCGUGCCUCAUUGGCCUGGUGAUGCCGACUCUCUACUGGUGCGCAUUCGUCGCCCGCCGACCAAGCCGCUUGCAAGGGUAUACGCAGUACAUCCCGGAGGAGCACCAAACAGGGUGGUUGUUUGGCACCUGCGACUGGUACAAGUCCAAGGUCACCUGCUGUUCAUUGAUCGUGCUGCUGCCUGCGCGACUGGCCUAUACUUGGGACACCGUGGGCAUAGUGCCAUACUGGAAGGGUGUGCGGCAAGCUAUGAUGUGCUGUGGCUUGUACCUCCUGGGCUGCUGGCCUUGUGGCGCUUUCAUUGCUGGCCAGAACCGAAGCGAUCUGAAAGACUUUCUGGGCUUCGGUGACGGAGUCAAGAGCAACAUCGAGAUGGCAGACAUUUGUUGGUACAUUCUUUGUCCCAUAUGCAGUGUGGUCCAAGAGGCUGCGCAUGUCGACAAGGUGUUUGCGGCAGUCCGAGCUGUUGUAGCAGCGGAGGCUGCUGAGAAGGCCAAAGCCAAACAUCAGGAGGAUGAGGAUGAGGAGAAACCCAUCGAGGUCCCGACAUUGCAGUCAAUGUUUGAUGAGGGAAUCAAUGCAGCGCUGGACACGGCUGUGGGGGCAUUUGACUAA